AUGAGGGACUUCCCAAGUAACAUGAGGGUCUUCCCUAGUAACAUGAGCGACUUCCCAAGUACCACGAGGGACUUCCCUAGUAACAUGAGGGACUUCCCUAGUAACAUGAGGGACUUCCAUAGUAACAUAAGGGACUUCCCUAGUAACAUAAGGGACUUCCCUGGUAACAUGAGGGACUUCCCAAGUAACAUGAGGGACUUCCCUAGUAACAGGAGGGACUUCCCAAGUAACAUGAGGGACUUCCCAAAUAACAUGAGCGACUUCCCUAGUAACAUGAGCGACUUCCCAAGUAACAUGAGCGACUUCCCUAGUAACAUAAGGGACUUCCCAAUAUACACGAGGGACUUCCCUUGUGAGUCAAGGGACUUCCCAAGUAACAUGAGGGACUUUCCAAGUAACAUGAGGGACUUCACCAGUAACAUGAGAGACUUCCCCGGUAACGGGAGGGACUUCCAUGAGGGACUUGCCAAGCACCCGCAGGGACACUACAUGUGCCAGCAGGACAUCAAGAUUAACAAUCCAUAA